CCGGAUUAACCUGUUGCUUAUCUAAAACAAUUGGAUGAAAUUGAACCACGUCACUUGCUUACCAUCCUGACAUUGAUGUCAAGUUUCAACAAUCUUCAAGCAUAAUCCACAUGCAGGAAAAUCAUAUCAUCCGUAAGCAAUUAAUUUGCGGUAAAUUACAAUACAAGGCAUGUCCCCUCUUAUAAAUUCCUCUGAUCUCUAUCACUCUCAAAAUCAAAAAUGGAAGAAGAGAAGCAAAAGCAUUUUGUGUUAGUACACGGAGCCGGUCUCGGAGCUUGGAGCUGGUACAAAGUAGCGGCAUUGCUAAAACUAGCAAAUUACAAAGUCACAGCUCUGGAUUUGGCGGCUUCCGGAAUAAACCCGAAGCAGGUGAGCGAUCUCCAGACUUUUUCCGACUAUUAUGAGCCGCUGAUAGCAUUUAUGACGUCACUGCCACCGGGAGAGAAGGUGAUUUUAGUCGGUCAUAGUUUGGGCGGAUUUAGCAUUUCGGCGGCAAUGGAAAGAUUUCCUGAAAAGAUUACUGUUGCUGUUUUUGUUGCGGCGCUUAUGCCAGGACCUAAUCUCAGUUCUGUUACCGUGAGAGAAGAGUUCGAUAAACAAGCGGGUUCUUAUUUGGACACACAAUAUUUCUACGCUAAUGGACCAAACAAUCCUCCGACCGCCACCUUAUAUGGACCCGAAUUUCUGGCAACCAAGUUGUACAAUCUAUCCCCACCUAAGGAUGCAACUCUAGCUACAUUAUUGACAAGGCCUAUGCCUACUUAUACUCCAAGUGAGCAAAACAUAGUGACAACCAAAGAAAAAUUUGGAUCCGUUCAUCGAGUUUACAUUAAGUCCGACAAAGAUAAUAUACUAGGGGAGAAUCUUAAGACGUUGAUGAUUUCAAAGAAUCCGCCCGAUGAGGUGAAAUUUAUUGCCGGUUCCGAUCACAUGGUUCAAGCUAGUAAGCCAAAAGCAUUGUUCAUUUGCUUCCAAGACAUUGCCAACAAGUACAUUUCUGAGUCGAUUGUGAAUUUUGAUGUGCAUUAUAUGUUAUCUACACUGAUGAAUGAGUAUAAAGUUACAAUUUCUACACUCAAACUCAAAAUGGAAGAUCAGAGACAAACUCAUUUUGUGUUAGUACACGGCGCCGGCCACGGAGCUUGGUGCUGGUACAAGGUAGCUUCACUACUAAAAUCAGCAGAUUACAAAGUUACAGCUCUGGACAUGGCAGCUUCUGGAGUAAACCCUAAGCAAGUGAGCGAUCUUCGUUCUUUUUCCGACUAUUAUGAGCCGUUGAUCGAAUUUAUGGCGUCGGUUUCAUCGGAAGAGAAGGUGAUUCUAGUCGGACAUAGCUUGGGUGGAUUUAGCAUUUCGGCUGCCAUGGAAAAGUUUCCUGAGAAAGUUUCUGUAGGUGUUUUUGUAGCGGCGGUUAUGCCGGGGCCUGAUCUUGGUUCUGUCACUCUAAGAGAAGAGUUUGAUAAACAAGUGGAUUCUUAUAUGGACACACAAAUUAUUUUCGAUAAUGGACCAAACAAUGCUCCGACCGCUUUUUUAUAUGGACCCGAAUUUCUGGCAACCAAAUUGUACGAUCUUUCUCCAGCUGAGGAAGUAACUCUAGCUACAUUAUUAUCGAGACCUAUGCCUUUUUAUACUCCAAGUGAUCAACACAUUGUGAUUACAGAAGAGAAAUUUGGAUCAGUUCCGCGAGUUUACGUUGUGUGCGACAAAGAUAAUAUAUUGAAGGAGAAUUUUCAAAGGUGGAUGAUUGAGCAGAAUCCGCCUAAUGACGUCGAGCUGAUCGCUGGUUCCGAUCACAUGCUAUCAUUCUCAAAAUCAAAAAUGGAAGAAAAACAAAAGCAUUUUGUGUUAGUACAUGGAGCCGGUCACGGAGCUUGGUGCUGGUAUAAGGUAGUGUCAUUGCUAAAAACAGCAAAUCAUAAAGUUACAGCCCUGGAUUUGGCGGCUUCCGGAGUAAACCCGAAGCAGGUGAACGAUCUUCAUUCUUUCUCCGAUUAUUAUGAGCCUUUGAUGGAGUUCAUGACGUCACUGUCACCGGAAGAGAAGGUGAUUUUAGUCGGCCAUAGUUUGAACGGAUUUAGCAUUUCUGCUGCAAUGGAAAGAUUUCCUGAAAAAAUUUAUGUAGGUGUUUUUGUUGCAGCGUUUAUGCCAGGUCCUAAUCUCAGUUCUGUUACUAUAAGAGAAGAGUUUGAUAAGCAAGUGAAUUCUUAUAUGGACACACAGUUUAUCUUCGAUAAUGGACCAAACAAUCCUCCGACCUCCUUCUUAUAUGGAUCCGAAUUUCUGUCAACCAAAUUGUACAAUCUAUCCGCAGUUGAGGACGCAAUUCUAGCUAAAUUAUCGACAAGGCCUAUGCCUUUUUAUACUCCAAGUGAUGAAAACAUAGUGACAUCCAAAGAGAAAUUUGGAUCGGUUCCGCGAGUUUACGUUGUGUGCGAUAAAGAUAAUAUACUGAAAGAGAAUGUUCAGAGGUGGAUGAUUGAACAAAAUCCGCCCGAUGAGGUUAAGCUUAUUGCUGGUUCUGAUCACAUGGUUAAUGUUUGUAAGGCACAAGAACUGUGCAAUUGCCUCCAAGAAAUUGCCAACAAGUACUUUUGAAUUUGAUUUUUGAUGAAAACUGACUCUUGAUCCAUAGAUGAUUAGUUUAUUCAUUAUAUGAUGGUUGUUCAAUAACAUAAUGUGGAAUUCUUGAAAUCUCAUAUAUUUUUGGAUAUUAUUAUGA